AUGUCUUCCCGCAAACAAGUGUCUCCAUGGCAAUCUAUACUGGCUGGAGGCGCCGCUGGUGGCUUUGAGAGUCUGAUCACUUAUCCAACGGAAUACUUGAAGACGCGCCAGCAACUUUUUCAACCCGGUGGUGCGCAGAGACAAUCGCUCACCCAGCUCCUGACCACCACCAUUCGACAGUAUGGCAUCCGCAGUCUCUAUACUGGUGCCGGAGUCUUCUGCGCCUCCAAUGCCUCGAAGUCUGCUAUCCGUUUCUUCACGUUUGACCGGGUGAAACAAUCUAUGCCGACCGAUUCGUCGGGAAAGGUCACCCCACUAGGAAAUAUGAGUGCUGGUUUGGUGGCGGGUGUGGCAGAGGCAGUUGUCGUAGUCACGCCUGGUGAAACCAUUAAGACCAAGAUGAUUGACGACCGGGCUGGACCCAAGCUGUAUACAUCAACUAUACAUGGCAUCAAAUCUAUUAUCAGCAAGGAAGGUCUGUCGGGAUUAUAUCGAGGUGUUAUCCCGGUGGCUUUGAAGCAGUCCGCUAAUGCCAUGGUGCGAUUUACGAGCUACAACAUCUUCUUCAGUCAAUUGGAAGCGAUGUCACUCCCCAAGUCCAUCAGCACGGCCGCAGCGGGUGCAGCCGCAGGUAUUGUCACGGUUUAUGCCACGAUGCCAUUUGACUCGAUCAAGACGCGACUUCAGGCCAUUGGUGGGACUCAGCGCUACCGGGGCUCGCUGCAUUGCCUUCGCUCGGUUAUCACAGAAGAGGGUGUCUCGGCGUUAUGGCGAGGAACCACGCCGCGACUGGUCCGGUUGAGUGUGAGUGCCAUCCUUGAUAUCACGCUAGUGGAUCUUACCAUAAGUCUGACCGAUUGUUCUCAAAUUCUAGGUUUCGGGCGCUCUCAGCUUCUCGAUUUACGAAGCGGUUAUGCGGUGGACCAAUGUCAUGUCCAGUAG